CUACGUUCUAGGGUGUACUUUAACUUACUAGUUCGUGUUCAGUGGCUGUAUCCAGCUCUUUGCUUGAAUAUUUAAUUCCAUAAGUACUGUACUACCUUAGCGAACAUUCGGCUCAUGGGUACUUAAGUUGCUCUUUGGAUUGUGCUCUUGGAACUUUUACAUUGACACGAUAUCUACAACAUCUCUUGACAACCUCGGUCAGACCUUCAAUACACUCAUAAUAAGACUCAACAACUUCUUCCACAGUACUUCCACAAUAUCUAACCUUCCUUCGAGAACCCUUCAUCAGCUUCUAUUACGGUAAAGAUCAGACUCUUAAAAUGUCUCCUUUUACUAGCAUAUUCGAUCUUUUCGGCGCCUUUAUUUACUAUGGUACACUACUACUUUUGUUGACUGCGCUUUGGACCUAUUCCCUAUCCGAAAUGCUUAAUGCUCCUAUAAUUGCCCAGUCUUUCCGGGUUCUCAAAAGUCAACAAGAUGACCAACAUUCAUUGAAACUGGAGCUGGCAAAGAUUGACCUGGAGAAAGCUAAGGUUGAGAUGGAGAUGGCCAAGGAAAAUAUGAAGGCACAGAUGGAGAUGGAAAAGCUAAGUAUGGAAAGAGAAACGAAUAAGGCGAAAAUGGAUAUUGAGACGGCGACGAGUAAGGCGCAAUUAGACAUGCAGCAGGAGACGCUUGAAAAUGACAUCGAUCUAGAAUACAAGAAAUUUCAGGCGCAAUCAAAGCCUGAGACGGAGGUACAGGAGCUUAAGAAUGAAGUCGAGCGACUCAAAAAUCAGUUGGAGGAGAAGUUGUAGAGGAUGGGAUGAAGACUAAGGCUUCAUGGUACAGUGCCACUCCUAUUCAUUAGAUGACAUCCGCUAAUGCAAAUCCCUCUAGAAAGACCGGAGAAUUUCGACAUGAGAUGUAUUUACCACCCUAUCUCCUCCGCAACUUCGACUUCCGUUGCUCCUAACUGUUGUGUGAAGGAAAGUUAUACAUUGGGUUUUGAUUUCGGCAUAUUUCCUCUUCCAUUCCAACUCCAGGUCAGGAGCGACUGGAUUGUUUUUAAAGGCGACCAAAGGAGGCAGAGGAUAUUAUGGGGCAAGGUGUAUCAAUAGUUGAUGAUUUGAGCUCUUUAGGAGUUUCUCUUUUGAUUUGCGAGGAUUUAAAUGAUAAUAAAAAUCAUCUUAUUCUUAUUGUCGAAU